GUGGACGGGAGUUAGAGAGCCUCUGUGUCUUGUUCACCUCUUUCGCCCGUUUUUCUUCUACCAGAACUGCCCCAACUCUCUCUCACAGUCUUAUUUCCUGGACCCUACGUCCACACGAGAGGACCCUGCCCUAAGUACUGCUGCAACACCGCAAAGCCACAGAGAGAGAGAGAGAGAGAGAGAGAGAGAGAGAGAUCCCACAAGCUUAAAGGCUAAAGCCCAUAAUAUUUGUUGGUGUAUCUGAGCCGCAAACUCUGUUGGUGCCAUUGAUAUUAGCCACUCUUUAUUCUUCUUAUUAUGGGGAAGAGGAAGCGAGUUCCUGAUCAGACCCAGACCCAACAUCCCAUUUCCUGUUCUCCUUCUUCCGGUACGUUUCUUUCUUUUUUACCACUUGAUGGGUUCCGUUUGGUUCCUGAGAAAAAAAAUGCAGACAGCUAAUCGGGAUCAAAUUUAGUUGAGAUACCAUGCCUUGUUCCUUAGGGAUGGACUUAAUGUCAGAAGAGAAACCUUUGCACUCAGUUAACUCUAGUGAACUAAAGCCUCUUCCAUCUGUCUUGGAUAUCACGGAUAGUUCUCUACUAAAUGCCCAUCCUACUACUGCACAUCAUACUCAGAGUCUUGGCCAUUCAAUAUUUUUGAAACGUUCUCGUCAUUACUAUAGCCAUCAAUAUUCUCGGCGUAACUCAGGUAAUCAUGCCAAUGCAUCAACUUCUCGUGGUAAAGCCGCUUCUUUACGUGAUGAGAGACUAUCCUUCAAGUUGGCUGCUCAAUUUAACUCACAGACUGGACAUCAUUCAGAGAAUAGGGAAAAGGCAUUUGGCAGGCCAGAAAGAAUUAGGUCCAGUUCCUUGGUAAUGAAUGCAGUAUCAUCAGAUGUAGUGAAGAUGGUAUGUGGGAUAUGUCAGAAGCCAUUGAGACGGAAACCGUAUUUUGUUGGGAGUACACUUUCUUCUGGCGAACUCUCCGUGGUGGCAGUUUUAGUUUGUGGUCAUGUUUAUCAUGCAGAAUGCUUGGAGCAGAGAACAUGCGGGGAAGAUAGACGUGACCCGCCCUGCUCCUUGUGUCUGGGCUUGCUCUCCAAUGAUGAUGACUCGAGGGGACACGAGUAAUUGUCGAAUAUAUUCAGCUUUACACUAAUGAUAGAAGAGACAGGACAGACUUAUUAGAUCAGUAGAUGGAAAUCUAGGCAGUUUAUGUUGUUUAAACAGCAGGCUGGCUGUUUGACAGGUGAAGAAUUUGGCCGUAUAUUCUAUUGAAGCUAUUAGAAUUUACUAGUUUUUGUAUUUCCGUAACUAGGGGGACUAGGUUGCAAGAUCAGAGUGACCAGCUUAUGUUUUUGUCCGCUGGUGAGCGGCCGGCUUAUGUAUUUCCCCUUCAAGUCAUUGAUGAUACCGGUUCAUGUCAUUUCUUUGGCACCAUAAUUUAUGUAAUUUGUAAUUUUUCUACUA